AAAUGGGUUUCCUGGAAGAUGUUUAAAGAGAUUAAUUACCUUGAUUUGAUCAUAAGGCAUUUUAUACAUGUAUUGAAAUAUACUGCACCUCAUAAAUGUGUACAAUUAACAUGUGUCAUUUAAAAACAUACAAAACCAUACAACAGACCAUAUUUUACCUGGAUGGGGCUGGAGAAAGGGCUCACUCAGAGUUUGGAAGCAGUGGCUAGUCUUUUAGAGUCCCCAGGUUUGAUUCUCAGCACCCACAUGGCUGCUCUCCUUUAUCUGCAAUGUGCUAAUUCCAGGGGAUUUGGCACUUUCUUCUGGCCUUCAAGGGCAUUGCACACAUGUAGUGCACAGAUAUAACACUCAUACACAAAACAUAAAAAGAAUUAAAUCUUUUUUUAAAAUUGCUUGGAUAGUUCAGAGAAGAUGCAAUGUCUAGCUUGUUUACUGGCAUUCUGAUUCUGUUAGCUUGGAGUGGGAACUGUGAUUCUAUAACAUGUUAUUCUUGUCCAUGUAGCCUUUGUGUGUAAGUGCAUCUGUUUCUGUGUGUAAGUGUGGAAAACAGACAACCUCAGGUGUCUGUCCUCAUCUUUCGCUUUGUCUGUCAUCCUCCCAUCUCCCCUCACCCCCAUUCCCUCCAGUCCCUAGCUGAGCACCAGACUCAGGGCAUUGCGCUCGCUAGGCAAGUGUCAACCCCACCUUUCAUCUUGUUGAGACAGGGUCUCUUUGAUGUUUACAUCUGAGUACUACAAGUUAGCUGGCCUAUAAGCUUUUGGGGGGCUCUCCGGGGUCCACCUCCCACCUCAGUGUAGGAGUACUUGGAUUGCAGACUUGUGCUAGCACAUGGCUUUACAUGGGUUCUGUGGAUCUGAACACAGGUCCACAUCUUUGUGCACAAAGCUCUUUGCUCACUGAGCCAUCUCCCCAGCCUCUGGAACUUCUGAUCCUCCUGCCUCAAUCUCUUGAGUGCGGGGAAUGACAGCCUGUCAGUUUUCACUACCCAAGACAACCCCUUCGGAAUGUUCUCCAGGGUGGACAACCCUAUUGGCCAUCGAGGAGCUAGAACUGGAGCCCCAAGGUCUCAAAGGCCACAAGCUCCCCAGGCCACAGCAAGCAACUCCCCUGAGCUGUCUGAGGCGCCCUGGCCAUCCGAUUCCAGAACCCCUUCCCCACUCAGCACUGAGGAACAAUGUACCUCUCCACCACUUGCUGUAAUUGACAGCGGGGACUCUGUGGUAGCCAAGUACAUAAACAGGUUCCGCCAAGCUCAGCCUACAAGCCGAGAGGAACGCCAACCUGCAGGCCCGACCCCAGCUGAUUUUUGGUGGCUACAGCCCAAGUCGUCAGACAUCAGCAGUUACCUUGCAGCAGGAGCCAGUGAACCCAAAGGAAGAUCCCCAAUGACAGGUCCAUCUCCUGCUGGGAUAUGCAGCGCAUCUCUGGCUUCAGCUCCUCUUCAGAAAGUAAAGCAGAGCCUGAACACCUGGAACUCAUCUUUGCUGGACUUGGAGACAUUGAGCCUACAAAGCAGAGCGGCCAAGCUCUUGAAGCGCAGCAAGGCCUCCCUCUCCUCCUCCUCCUCCCUCAGUCCCAGUGAUGCCAGCAGCUCCUCCUUCCCCAUCAGCUCCAAUGGACUCUCUCCCUGCUCUGUGACCUUCAACCCAGACUCCAACAAGAGGUCUAGUCCCAAAGAAUCUGUGUCGGGAGCAGUCCCAGAGCCAUCCCAGGCCCGCAUCCCUGUUGCCCGCACAGCCUCCUCCCAGGCAACCCUUCAGCCCGAGGAAGACAUUUUAUACCAAUGGCGGCAGCGGCGGAAGCUUGAGCAGGCCCGAGGAGCUGAGGGUGAUGGAACCUGGGUGCUGCCUCGGAUUCCAGCCCUCACCACUCAGACUCCUCCUGCUCCUGCAGUGAAUCUUGGUUCCCUAGGGACCCAGCCUAACUGUGCUCCACCAUGGGGCAAUGUGGCCCAGCCUUCUCCCCCACAGACCUUCUAUGUGGAGAGGCCUCCUCUUCCAGGGCCCUCUCCACACAUCUGGACCCCCAGCCCUCACGGGUUCCUCUGGGCCCCACAGGCCAAUUCAUGGAUAUCUCUCGGGAUGGUUCCUACCACACUGCUCGCCUCCCCAGCUGCUCCCGUGGCCUCCUUCCCAGCACCCCCUACCACCACUCCAGCUGCUCCAGCCCCCACCCCUACUCCCCAAGUCUCCAUCCCAGUGCCCCCAGCAUCCACUCCACCUCCCUGGGCUUCCACCCCCACUCUCCCAGCUUCCACCCUUCCACUACCGGACACCCCUCAGGAGCCAACUACCAUUGAGCUGAGUAGUUCUGCCCAGCCCAAGAAACUCAAACCUCGGAGGGCCAGCGCUUCAUCGCGCAGGGAGACAGCUCAGCCAAAUGCUGCAGCAGCUUUCGAGAGUCCCUGUUCGCAGCUCAGGGGCGCCCUGGGCCAGGUAGUGACAGCUCGGCUGUUCCCAGACAGCCUGGACGACAGGGUCCCUAGCCUAGAGAGCCCGUCUUCACCUGAGGCAGAAUCUCAGGAAGUCAAGGCCACACCCCCUCAAGCCAAGGGUCUGCCCCCUCCAUUGGAGUCUCAGUGUGGGUCCAAGACGGAGUCCAGCAAAGCCAUGGCCGCGUCCUCCACGGGCCGGUCGGUGCUUCGGAAAAGUAAAGUCACCCUCUCAGUUGAAGCUAGGGAUCCACAGCUGGCUACAACCCCAAAGGCAUCCAGAAGACUGGAGAAGGUCCAGUCGCCUGAAUUCAAGGCGGGAGCUGGUGAUGCCUUGACCACGGCCUCGACUGCCUCAGGCCCUGCCCCCUCUGAGGACUUGCUUUCUCAGGCCACCCGACUUCUGCAGGCUGCGGAAGACUCUGAUGGCAGCGAGUUUCAGGAAGACCCUGUGUUGCGGGUGCUAAGAGCUCAGAGGGCAGAGCUCAGGCAGCAGAAAAGGAAAGUGGAUGCCCAAUUAUCUCUCCUUUUGGACCACACUGAAGACCCAGGAUCUUCCUCUCCACCAGCCAGCCCACCUCCCAGGUCCCCAAGAAUGCGACUGAGGAGGGAAGGAGGCUCCCUUGAAGCCAGGCGACUUUGAAUUGUAAAAAUUCUGUUUUUCCUGGGCUGGAGAGAUAAUGUACUUGCAAGUGUGAAGGCCCGAAUUUAGAUCUCUAGAACCCACAUAAAGGAAACUGACCGGCCAACUGGCCCACCGAGACUGGGUUUCAAGCAAGCUGGAAGCCAACAACCUGUAUUCAGAGUCCUUUGACCUCCCCCAUACACGAGCUGUGGGGGGCACACACGCACACACAUACUAAGAAUAAAGUUGUCUCCAGUCAA